AUGAAUACUCUGAUCAAACAAAGCAAAACAACUAAAAACCAAGAUGGAGAUGAUCCAUGUAUUGUGUUAGGAAGUAAUGUAGUAGAUCAACAUUUGGUCAAUAACAAUAUAAGUGAAGAUGUCGAGCACUGCAAGAAGAAAAAGAAGAAGAAACGGAGUGAAGUAAGCAAACAUAACGAGUUCAAAAGCGCUCGAUGUGAAGAUGGUGAUGACGGAAAGAAAAUGAAAAAGAAGCCGAGACUAAUUCAAGGAAACAUGUUUAACGAGUGUAAUGAUUGUAGAAGCAAUGAAGGUGAAGAUGGAGAGCAGGGCAAGAAGUUAAAGAAAAAGGAGAAGAAAUUGAGUGAAGAAAGCAAACAUAAGGAUUGUAAUGAGGUCAAAAGCAAUGAAGACGGAGACAGUGAUCAAGGAAAGACAACGAAGAAGAAUCAACUUACCAACAAGAAAAGUAAACCAAAACGGGUAACUUUUUCUGAGCAAGUGGAGGAGUUUUGUUGUGAUGGCUUAGUGCGUGGGAAAAGGUAUACACCAGAAGAAGAUGAGAAGAUCAGAGCAUCUGUUCAUGACUUUAUAAAAUUUCAUGGUUUGGGAGAUGAAGGGGUAGAUAUGAUUCUUCAUUCCCAGAAACACUCUUCAAUUAGAGGCUGUUGGAAAGUUAUUGCAGAAGUCCUACCUGAGAGGCCUAUGGAGAGUGUGAUUCGUCAUGCUCGGAAGUUGUUUGAAACCAAUGAGAGGUUUAAGUGGACACCUUAUGAGAUUGACUUUAUACGGAAAGCGCACGAGCAAAACGGACCUAAUUGGAGGGCAGUAGCUGACACUUUGGGUAAAAGUCGAUAUCAAAUAGCAGAUGCUUGGCACAAGUUAAAAUUUACAAAAAGAAAGAAAGGACAGUGGUCCCAAGAGGAAUAUCAAACUUUAUUUAAUUUAGUAAACAUUGAUCUGCGCAUGCGGGCUUUAGAGCCUUAUAGAAAAUCUAAACAUGGUAUGUUGCGAGAUAAUAUUUGUUGGGAGGCAAUUGGUCACAAGUUAGAAACCCGAAACAGCGCAGUUUGCUGCAGUAAGUGGUAUAACCAGUUAACAUCGACAAUGGUUGCUAGUGGUGAUUGGUGCGAUAGCGAUGACUUCCGCUUGGUAGAUGCUUUGUAUGCUUUGGAUGCUUGCAGCAUGGAGGAGGUAGACUGGGAUGAACUACUUGAUCAUAGGUCUGGUGAUGUAUGCAGAAAACGAUGGGAUCAAAUGGUCCAACAUAUUGGGGAUCGUGUAGGGAAGUCAUUUAUUGAGCAGGUUGAAAUUCUUGCGAAGAGAUUCUGCCCAGACUUAUUGGAAGCAAGAGAGACUUUUGACAACAAACCUGUAAUUUGUUGA